AUGGCGAUAUCUCACGUCCAGCCUCUGCUUCUUCUACUCGCAUCACUGUUCUUCUUGCCUGCAUUGUGCGCCCUCGAUUUCAAAGACUGCGGUAAAGGAAGUUCUCCUGUUGAUGUUACUAGUGUGGUGGAUAUAGGGGAUACAGGCAGCGCAAGCUUUACUAUAUCCGGUUCUACAAGCUUCACAGCUCAUGUAGAGGUUUUUGACUCUGAUCAGGAUAUGUUAAUGUGCCUCGAUUUCACUUCCGAGCUUGCAAGUUCCGCCAACGUCCUCUCUGCAUAG